UCGAUCAAACCUCGUCUGUCUGACCAACACUGAGAAAGAAAACCCCACACACAGAGAAGAGAUUGCUUUGGCAAGAAAAUAUAAUGGGAAAGGAAGGAACUGAUGGGGUCAUCUCUCUGUAGGCAGCUCUCCUUGGAUCCUGGACCUUGUGGAGAAUGAUAUCAAGGGCGUGUACAGAAAAGUUUUGAAGUCCUCCGGAAAUGAGGAUGCUUUAAAAUAUAAUGAUGAGACCUUGAAGUGGGUAUGGUACUAUCGUUUGCUGAGAGUUUUCCAGACAACUCAAAGGAAUGUGUUGGGGCGCUCUUAAUUGGUGAAUGAAGACUUGGCUCAAAAUUCUGUUCUCCUGGGCAAUGGAUUCACGCCUUCUGUGGCUGACAGUAUUGUUUUAUCAGCAAUACACUCUGCGGUGCUGGUGCUUGCGCUCCUAAUGAUGAUCAUACCGUGGUAGAGCCUUUGCUUCCUCCAGAAGGGGCCAAAGUUGGGGGAAGGUGUUUCAUUUUCUGGGUAAGCUUGGAUUGACGGAAAACCAGAGGAUGUUUUGAACCCAAGAAAGGAACAGCUAGAAAAGAUUGCACCGCAUCUUUUCUCCAAUGACAAGGGAGUUGCAACAUUCAAGGGAAUACCAUUUAUGACUUCUGGCUGGCCAUGCAAAUCGUCCAUUCCAAAGGCAAGCAUCAACUGAAUAACCAAUUGGCCAUGCAGGCAAUGUGGCUCUUUUGUUGUUUCUUCUGUUACCGGAAGGACUGCUCUUUACUUUGGCCUUUUUUGAGUUAUUGCUUGGGAGAGGAGGUGUUAUGUCUGGCUCUUCAUCAAAGGAGAAGGUUGUGAUGGACAAUGGAAAUGUACCCCAUGUUUUAGCUGUCGAUGACAAUCUCGUCGAUCGCAAGCUGGUCGAAAGAUUACUCAAAAGCUCAUCCUGUAAAGUGACUACUGCAGAAAAUGGACUGCGGGCAUUGGAGUAUUUGGGCUUGGGAGGUGAUGAACAAAAUACCUUGGAUGGAAAUAAUGCAUCAAAAGUGAAUCUGAUUAUCACAGAUUAUUGUAUGCCAGGAAUGACAGGCUAUGAGUUGCUCAAGAAAAUAAAAGAGUCACAAAUCACAAAGGAGGUUCCAGUUGUUAUUGUGUCAUCUGAGAAUGUCCCUACUCGUAUUAAUCAGUGCUUAGAAGAAGGAGCACAAAUGUUCAUGCUGAAGCCUCUCAAAAAGUCUGAUGUGAAGAAACUAAGAUGUCAUUUGAUGAAUUGCAGAAGCUGAAGAGAAAACCCACAAUGACUGAAAGUAUCAGAAAGACAACCCUGUAAAAACAUAAUCAGGGUGAGACAAGAACAUGUCAGAGAAUAGAAGCAGCAGGACAUUUCAAUGUCCAUUCCAAUUUUUUUCUUUGAUCACUUCAGAAAAUAAAAAUUACCCUAUUAACCGCAAACUUUGUUUUUUUUGCUCACCAAUGGAUAUUAACAGAAUUUUAUUUUGCUCCACUUGACUUAUGUUUCAUUCUCAAGCAUUCAUGACUGUCAUUGUCUAGAUGAAUAUAUGGAGAUACAAAAUCUCAUGCAUA